UGUUCAUCCUUUCCAAGUGCGAUGGUCAAGGAGAUCCUCACUGAAGAAAACUACAGCGACAACUUCCGUUCUAAAGACAGCUAUUUCCGUGUUUGAGCUGACGCGUCGUUAGCGUUUUUUCAAACCAGUUCUGUUCUUACGUGUCAGUCUUUUUUUUUCUCACCGUAGAGCAAGAAACGGACCGGUCACUUCGGAACAAUGGCACCUAAAGGUAGCAGCAAACAGCAAUCCGAGGAAGACCUACUCCUCCAGGACUUCAGCCGAAACCUGUCUGCAAAGUCCUCCGCGCUUUUCUACGGAAAUGCGCUAAUUGUGUCCGCAAUUCCCAUUUGGCUGUUCUGGAGGAUCUGGCACAUGGACCUGGUCCAGUCAGCGGUCCUGUAUGGUGUCAUGACACUGGUCAGCACCUACCUGGUGGCCUUCGCCUACAAAAACGUCAAGUUCGUCCUCAAACACAAAGUUGCCCAGAAGCGAGAGGAUGCUGUCUCCAAGGAGGUGACAAGGAAACUCUCUGAGGCUGACAAUCGCAAGAUGUCACGCAAGGAGAAGGAUGAGAGGAUCCUGUGGAAAAAGAACGAGGUAGCUGACUAUGAGGCCACCACCUUCUCUAUCUUCUACAACAACACUCUGUUUCUGGUCCUCGUCAUCAUCGCCUCCUUCUUCCUGCUGAAGAACUUCAACCCUACUGUUAACUACAUCCUGUCCAUCAGUGCCUCAUCUGGCCUCAUCGCCCUGCUGUCCACUGGAUCCAAGUAAAGGAGGAAAGAAAGAAAUGAACAACUGAGAAGAGGAGGGUUUGGGUCAGGGAGGGCUGGGGUGAAGCUAGGAGGAGGGUUUGGGUCAGGGAGGGCUGGGGUGAAGCUAGGAGGGGGGUUUGGGUCAGGGAGGGCUGGGGUGAAGCUAGGAGGAGGGUUUGGGUCAGGGAGGGCUGGGGUGAAGCUAGGAGGGGGGUUUCGGUCAGGGAGGGCUGGGGUGAAGCUAGGAGGAGGGAAUGGGGUUUCGGUCAGGGAGGGCUGGGGUGAAGCUAGGAGGAGGGAAUGGGGUUUGGGUCAGGGAUGGCUGGGGUGAAGCUUGGAUAUUUUUUUGUAAUGAUUGAGAGAAGGAGAAUUAAAAUAAUAAUCAUAUAAUUUCAGCUGUAAGUCUUCAUGAAAUGCAUGAUCAAAUGUCUGGAGGUCACUCCAGGUCAGGUCACUCUGUCCUUCACUUUUUGUACUAAUUAAAGUGGCCAGAUCAAGAA